GCAGAAGCUCGGAUGGAGAGAGGGAGUCCUGGGCGUGGGACGCCCCAGAAUCAGUGCAUAGGAGGCUCUCGGCUUGGAGGGGGAGGAGGUCACCUCGUUCCAGGUGAGUGAGGGCAAAAGACGUGAAUCUCGUGCCAUUUGCAGUGUGGAUGUCGCACCUGUCAGACGUGUCGCCGCCAGAGACGCCGCAACCGCCACAGGGAGGAGACCUCGGCUAUGUGGUCCCGACAGAGGGUGAGAUCCACGUGAGCAGGUCGUUCUGCAUGCAUGCAUCCCUCUUCCAUUGAUUGACGCCCAUGCAGGUCAGCUGGGGGCGUUGCAGCGUCACAAGAUGUUCUUCGCCGCCAACCCCCACCUCAAGGACCACCACGCCGAGAAUGGCCGCCUCACCAUCCCUCUGGACGGAGAGGACGACCUCGCCCUCCAGUCCGACCGGCAGGCGCCCGUUGAAGACUACGUCGACAUGGAUGGGGAGAGGGUGGUCUUGUACGACAAUUCUUGUCCGUACAAGGCCAUCAACAACCUGCUCGGGUCGACGGGAGGGGACAGGCUGCCCAACCACCUCUUUCAUGACGCGCCCGGGCAGCAGAAGGAGAUUGGCGAAUGCGGCGAGUACAUCAACCUCGCCACCGACUACCACGCCAUACGUCUGGCUCAGGUGCUAAGAGGGAGGGAGGGAUGUGUGGCUUUCUCGGGAUUCAUUCAUUGGGUCCCUCCCUGUGUCGUGUAUUUUGGUGCAGGUGAAGGGGGAUACUAUGGAGGAGCGCGUAGUCCUGCUGGGCAGCAUGUCGGCCGGGGAGGUGUGUGGGGUGCUGGCGACCACAGAAGUCGCCCUCAUGGGCAACGGCCGCCCCACCGAGACGCACAUCCAGGCCAUCCGACUGCUCGGCGACGGCCUGUGGGCGGACAUGGAGACCAUCACCGAGGUGGCCCCCCCCCAGGCCGUCAUGUCGAACCAGGACGUGGUCGAGCUGCUGAUGCGCGACCAGCCCCACCGGGAGGCCGUCCAGCAGCGCACCCCAUACGCGUACAUGUACCACGAUGUGCUCGUAGUCUUCCGGUCUGACGUGGCGCGGGACACGGCGGCCAACCCGGUGCCUGCACCCAACCCCAUCGCCAUGAUCGCUGACGACGAACACGGCCAUCAGGGGCAGCAGGGGGCGCAGGCUGCGGCGGCGUGGGCCGUAUUGCUGGUGUUGCUCAUGGCCAUCCAGGCAGCGGGUGGUCAGGGCGACGGCGGUGGUGCUGGUGCUGGUGCUGGUGCUGGUGCUGGGGGAAAGGGAGGCGGGAAGAGGAAGAGGGAAAACGACGAGGGCGGCGCACACGAUGGCGAGGCUGAUGACGACGAGCCGCUGGCGCAGCGCCGCAGGCGUCUCAAGCGCCGCGUGGCUCGCCCACAGCCGCACGACGGGUGAGUGAAUCCAUCUAUCCAUCCAUCCAUGCAUGCGGCAAUGGAUCCAUUCAUGCGUUCCUUCACGCACACAUCGGCUGUGUGAUGUUUGUGUCUGUUUUCUUCGUGUAGGGUGCCCGACGUUGAGAUGGCUGACGCACCGUAGCAGCAGCCCCCCUACUGGGAGCGACCCUUGGCCUAUCGCCAGGUCCAAGGGCUCUGGGCCGGCAGACUCCGGGCGCGCCGAUGAGUGAGUGAGGGUGUGAAUGUGGGACUGCCGGUGUUAUGUGGGUGGUCUGGGGCUGAGAUGCUGCAUUUGAUGCCGCGGUGUCUCUCAAUAUGCGUGUGUGUCUCGUAUGUAUGCACGUGUGUCCCGUAUGUAUGUGUGUAUGUAGCCAUCCCGCCCGCCCCAUCCCCCCCCACCCCAGCCAAUCAGACCAUGUGAAUGGCGGCAUUUCUGGUGGCCAUUCUAGCCAACUCCAUCUUACAUACUAGCGAUCCCCACGCACACUCUGAGACACAGUCAGACAGAGAGAGAGAGAGAGAGACAAGGGCUGAUCGGUCAGUCGGACGGACGGACGGACAGAUGGACGGAUGGAUGGAUGGAUGGUUGGAUAGAUGGGUGGGUGCCACGUGGGUGUCGCGUCGGGGCUCAUGUUUUCUUUUGUCCGCUGGUUGUCGGUCGACUCACGGAUGGAUGUCUUACUUUUUUGUUAUCAUUGGGGUGUUAUCUUUGCCGCCAACAAUGGAUUACAUAUGUAUCAUGGUGCUGUGUUUCUUUUGACCCGUCCUCUUUCCUUCCGGUGUGUGCCUGUGUGUGCAGUGGUGGCCGUAUUCUUUGUGAGGGAUUGGGGGAGUGAGGUGUGGGUGUGUGUGCACAGGCAGGAAACGAACGGGCAUGAGAGAGAUGCAUACUGCAGACAGACAUUGGCGUGCACGUGCCGUGAUGGAUGGAUGGAUGCAGAAUGCAUGCAGGAAGGAAGCAAGGUGACUGACACAAACCCCCGAUCUCUCACCCACCCUCUCUACCCAUGUACCACUUGGCCGGCCGCUGCACUCACUGCCCUCACACCUCUCAGUCCCUCUCCUUUGCUUUCGUCCGGUUGGUCGCCUGUUGGUUGGGGUUUCGUUUUGCGUUUUUGUCGUCCGUCCAUCGAUUCCUUUUUCGGCGUGUGUGUGUUGGAAGAACUAUGGGGUGGUGUGGGAUGUGUGAGUGUGCGGAACGGAUGGAUGGCUCUCGUGUGUACCCCUCUUCUUUUACUUUGUCUGUCGACUCCGGGUGUGGUCUUUUCUUCGCUGCCGUGUAACUUCGUUGGACCCGUCUUGCUUUUGCGGCGUGUUUGUAUGUGUGUGUCUGUCUGUG